UGCAGUAAUAAUGGAACCCAGUAAUAUGUCAUUAGGAUAAAAAUUCAAGAAAAUUAUACAAAGCCAGAGAAUGAAUGCUACAAUAAAAGGAAUUACUUAUGUUUAUACUGAUUGAGCAUCACUUAGAAAUUGCAUUUAUUAUCUGUUCCAGCAUCCACUCAAAUGAAGAUAGUAUUUAACUAAAACUGAUACAUUAGUUGCCUGCAAUAAUUUAGCUAAUGUUAGGAAACAGGAUGAAAAAUCCGUCUUUGCGCACCUUGUCUAUGCGAAAAAAAAAAAAAAAAAAAAAAAAAAAAAAAAAAAAAAAAAAAAAAACUACAAAUUUUUCGAUUAUGUUCUUUGCCGCCUGGCAAAAUGACUUUUUUUUAUAUGGCUUGUUUUGCUCAGAAUAUGCCGAAAGGUUUGGGACACUCCGUGGUCUGAGUAUAAUCAUGGAUUAGUUCUGUGGCUGAUCUCAGACUUGUUUUUGCACAAGCAGUUCAGUUAUAAUUACAACAUAAAUACGAAGAAUUAGCCACUAUUUUUUUAGGCAGGCAUAACUGUUAAUUGAAUAAAGAAUAUUAAAAAUUAGUUAAAUGUAGAGCAGACGAAAGUGAGUUUCGCCUUUGCUGCUGGUAGCUUCUGUAAUCAAAUUAACAGUGGUUUCCGUUAUGUAAAAAAUUUGGGUGUUUGGCUUUUCCUUAUGUAAAAGUUUAUAUUGCUAACAUGGAAGAUAGUGGUAUUGAUAGUGAUUCUAAGUCUGCUUUAAACUUGAAUCAUUGUGCCAAUAGUGAAUCUUCAGAUCUUCAAGAUAAAAACAAAGAGGAAGAAAGCGGGAUUGCUUGUAGUGAUGACUUAAACACUGAAUCUACAGAAAUUAUAAGUAAUCCAUCAAUGAUUGCCAAUACUGUGUGUCGUGGAACAGUUUCCUUAGGCUGUAAAGGAACUCCUAGGUUUAUGCCAACUUCUAUACUUCAGAAGCGCUUGGAGAAGCAGAUACAGCAAACAAAAAAGAUAAGACAAAGAGAGCAAAAUAUGGAUGGCUUGCCAAAGAAACUAAUUCCUCGCAGUAGGUUAAAAGUUCCAAAAAGUUUAAAUCCCGUUGUUACAAAGACAGAUUCUCAUCCCUUAGUAUCCUGGGAAAGCGACAGUGAUGAGGAAAUAGAUUAUCAUCCAAUAUCAAAGUCAGCUACUAAGGAAAUUACAGAACAGUUGAUAAAGGAUGGAUAUAAUUUAGAUCUGACUCCUGAUGAUGAAGAUCUUGAUCUGAUACCACCUAAGCCUCUAACUCAGAGAUGUGUAUGUUGCAGUCUAAGUUGUAUGUGUCUCAUACAAUAAAUUACAGCAUUUUGGAAAUGGCCACUAAGUCAGAUAGAUAAUAUUGAUAUCUUUUUUGUUGUCAAAAAACAUUUAUCCUAAAUAUUUGUCUAAUUUGUAUGGUUAUUUGUGAUGGAUGUCAUUUAUCCGAGACAAAUGUAUUGUAGAUAUUUCUAAAAUAAUUAUAAGUAUAAAAUUCUUGGAUGUGUUAAGUUUAUAUAUUAUAUUUAACCACUAUAUUAUUAUCAUGAAUCGUGUGAUUUUUUAUCAUAUUAGUUUUUCAAAAUAUGUUUUGAGGACUGAUUAUUAUAAUGCUGAAACAGUUUUUUAAGUGCAGUUGUCAUCCUUUAUACUAAAUUUUGCAAAGUGCAAUCAGGAAAUUCAAUGUUUAUUGCUAUAUUUGAAAAAUAGUUAGAAGAAUCAUUAGCUGAGCAUAAUUUCAUUAUAUUUAUUUUCAUAGCUGAAUUUUGUAGUAAUGGAAGCAGAAUCCAACUUUUUGUAUAAACCUGUGUAUUUUUAAGGCGAUGAAUUUUUUGCACUUAUUGAAAGAGCUUAACAUGUCCAGUUACUUGCUAUUGAUUUUAAUCUCAGUGUAACUUUUAAAAUAGUCUUUUAUGAAUUAUAUGCUGUUUUCUUGC